AGUCGGAAACUGUGAUGGAAAUAAAUACGGGCGAUGAUAUAUUCUCUGAGGGAUUUUCUGAACAUUUGCAUUUAGAGCACAUAAAAGAGGUUGUUGAUCACGACUAGUUAAGUGCCUCUGCUGUCAUCGUGUAUGCUAGGUAUCUCUAUGACAAGCUUAUUGGUCCUCGUGGAUUAACAUACAAGAUAUCAUUUUUAUCCCCACAUGUAUCAUUUAAUGAUAUUCAAGGAAAAGAUAUAACAAGAGUAUUGAUGAAAACUAAGGUGUUGAAGGAUGAAAAGAUAAUUCUUGCACCUUAUAAUAUUGGGAUUCAUUGGGUUUUGUUUGUCAUCAAUCCCGAUGCUGAGGUUAUAUAUUUUUUGGAUCCGCUCGGUGGCGAACCUUCAGAUCAUGGAAGUAUAAAAACAAAGUUUGAAAAUGAAAUUCAAAUCUACCGUGCCUGGUGUGAAAAUAAAAUUUCCAAGUCAAAGAAAGAUAAAAUCAAAUGGAAUAAAAUAAAGUGUCCUCGUCAAAGAAACACUAUUGACUGCGGAUAUUUUAUCAUGAGAUUUAUGAAAGAAGUUAUCAUGGAAUAUCCAAAUAAGAUUCCUGAUAAUUAUUUUUCUCGCCAUAGACAUUCUACAUACUCUAAAGAGAAGCUAGAUGAGGUGAAGGAGGAGUGGGCUACCCAUAUGGUUGAAGAUGUUAUCAAUGAUGCAAAGAGGCUGCAAAAAUAAUAGUUGAUCAUUAAUUGGUAGUUUGAGGGCUUCCUUUUUCGAUGAAGUGGGCGGUUCUCAUCAAGUGACAGGUUGCAGAAGAAAGUAGGGC